UCUUUCGGCUGGCCGCGGCUGGACAUAGACCGGCUGUCUACGGGGGGUUACAUAGGAUCGUGAGCUUGAAGGCACGGCAACAAAUGCACAAUCUCAAGGAAGAAAGUCAUCUGCACACGGACCGCAGUAGAUGAUUAUAAAUAGCUGAGUCAGCACCGGAGAAGACCAUAGUUCAAUUUCGGCUCCCAAACCAAGUGCACACUUCAAAGUCUUCGAACUCUUCAGAGCGUUCACCCAGUUCACCCAAUCUUGCGGAUCAUCAUGAAGAUCUUCGUUGUUGCUCUGGCCCUGAUUGCCGCGGUUGCUGCCCAGGAUGAAGCCAUGUACACCUCAAAGUUCGACAACAUCAACCUGGAUGAGAUUCUGAUGUCGGACCGUCUGUUCAAGAAUUACUACAACUGUCUGACCGAUGCCGGACCGUGCACUCCCGAGGGCAACGAGCUGAAGCGAGUUCUGCCGGAAGCUUUGGAGACUAAUUGUGCCAAGUGCAGCCCGAAACAGCGUGAAGCUGGAACUCGUGCCAUCAAGUACGUGACUGAGAACCGUGCCGAGGAAUGGAAGGUUCUGCGCGCCCGCUUCGAUCCGGAGGACAAAUACGUCGCCCAGUAUCUGUCCGAAGCCGAGAAGGAGGGAAUCAAACUGUAAAGUGGAGGUGCAAAGCUGAAAAGCUAUUAAAACGCAGUGUUCUUGAUUCAUUGUUUUGUUAUCCAGAGUGAAUGUUAGCGCCAUAAUAGAAUAAACAAUUACCAAAUUCAA